AAAUCAGUCUGAAAAAGAGAAGAGCCAUUCACUCGCAUAGAUGGGGUGAAACCUCAGCAGAGAAAGACAGAAAAAAGUGGGAGGAAGUGACAGCACAUGUCUCACAAGUUCUUGAGAGAGGCAGAUAGAAAGUGCUAGAGACUAAGGGCGUAGUCUGUACAUCGCUUAACAUUUUUGGAACCACAACCAUACAAGACUAGAAUGGCAGUGUGGGACCUGUCCGUCUCUGUAGAGGAACUGGGACUGGAGGCCCCACCUCUUAAAAUCAGUGUCACCUCGGACCUACAUAUUGGUGGAGUCAUCCUCAAAGUUGUGGAAAAGUCACAAAUAAAAAAGGAUUGGUCCGAUCAUGCUCUGUGGUGGGAACAGAAGCUGCAGUGGUUACUGAAACCGUCCUGGACAUUGGAUAAAUGUGGGAUUCAUGCGGAUGCCCGACUCUGCCUCACACCCCAGCACAAGCCCCUGCGGUUGGUAAUGCCCAGCGGCAUCAUCCUCCGAAUGAGAGUCUGCUUCUCCAGCCCCAUAUUCCGCACCGUCAUGGGCAUAUGCAAACUCCUGAACAAUCGCCGCCCAGAGGAACUAUCCCUUCUAUGGCCAGUAGAAGAGAAGAAGAAAAAGAAAGAUAAAGAUGUUGGGGAAGAGGUGUAUGACAUCACAUGCGCACCACUUACGUCAAGCACAAUCCUGAAGCUAACCAAUGGCAUGCCUGCUUUCUUUGCUGAAACACCUGAAACUGAGGCUGUGUACAAAAUGCUGGCGGUCAGUCAGCCUGCUCCAGCACCAGAGACCAUUGCUAAGCUGUAUCGGACAACUAACAUAAUGGAGAAAGCACAUAUUAACAGCAGGUGGUUGGAUUCGUCCCGUUCUCUUCUACAACAGGGAGUCAAAGAAAAUGAUAAACUCUUACUGCGUUUCAAAUACUAUACUUUUCAUGACAUCAUACCACAGGCUGACGUGGUGCGGCUGACACAGUUGUAUGAACAGGCAAGGUGGGCCAUUCUGCUGGAGGAAAUUGAAUGCACUGAGGAGGAGAUGAUGGUCUUCGCUGCCUUGCAGUACCACAUUGGAAAAGUAUCUCUGACAGAGCAGUUUGUGGCAUCUUGUCCAGCUAUGGAAGAUCUGGAUUCGGCUCUACAGUGUCUGGAGGUGAAAAUGGAAGGAGAGAGCAGUGCAGAUGACAUGCUGGAAACAAUGACAGCACCAGAACUACAUGACUACUUGAAAAUAUUCAGACCCAAAAGGCUGACACUGAAAGGAUAUAAACAAUACUGGUUUACAUUUAAGGACACGACCAUCUCCUACUAUAAGAGUAAGGAGGAGAGUUCUAAAGAGCCAAUUCAACAAAUGAACCUUAAAGGUUGUGAGGUGGCCCCUGAUGUGAGUGUUGCUGGGCAGAAGUUUUGUAUCAGGUUGCUGAUACCUGGGCCAGAGGGCAUGAAUGAGGUCUACUUGCGCUGUGAGCAUGAACAGCAGUACAGCCGAUGGAUGGCAGCAUGUCGUUUGGCUUCGAAAGGCAAGACUUUAGCUGACAGCUCAUUCUCUAGUGAGGUGCAGAGUAUUCAGUCAUUCUUGGCCAUGCAGAAAACCACACCUAGAAAUAACACAGCUCAGACAGAUGAAAGUAUCAAUACACACAGCCUUGUCUCACCACGCUACCAGAAGAAGUACAAACCCAAGCAGCUCACACCGAGGAUCCUGGAGGCCUAUCAGAACGUAGCUCAACUCUCAUUAACAGAUGCCAUUCAGAAGUUCCUUCAGAUCUGGCAGGCUCUGCCUGACUUUGGCCUCUCUUAUAUUGUAGUCAGGUUUAAGGGUUGCCGUAAGGAUGAGGUGCUUGGCAUUGCCAAUAAUCGUUUAAUCCGCAUUGACCUGAGUGUUGGAGAUGUUGUGAAAACCUGGAGAUACAACACCAUGAGGCAAUGGAAUGUCAACUGGGACAUCAAACAGGUUGCCAUUGAGUUUGAUGGCAAUGUGAACAUCGCCUUCAGCUGUGUGACAGCAGAUUGUAAGAUUGUCCACGAGUACAUCGGUGGCUACAUCUUCAUGUCCACUCGAAGUCGGGAGCAGAGUGACACUCUGAAUGAAGAGCUGUUUCACAAACUGACAGGCGGCCAUGAAGCUCUAUGAGGAAAAAAAAAGUCUGUGUACCUAUGGACUGAAGAUAAUAAGAUCUUCAAAAAAAUUAAUUAAAUAAAUACACAUACAGAUAUGGCUAUUCAUAAAUAUUUCCCUUAAAAAACACUAUUGUGUCUUGACACGUUUGUGAGACCUGAGGUGUUUCAUUUUGUGAUGUUUCUCUGUCUAUGUUUUAAUUGGCUUUGAGCAAUCUUAUUGUAGGUUAUUUUCAGUUUUACUGUUAACACCAUAUCUUGUAGUUAUUA